AUGAAACUUAUUUCGCUUCAAAGAGAUAUACGUAGCAUACAAGUAUCACCUAAACGGAAAUAAGAUUUCAAAAUGAUUUUUAUUUUUUUCCUUCGAUUCAUUGAUUUUUGAUAUAUUGAUCUUCCAAAAUUAUUUAAGAUCAUUUAUCUUUAUUUAGAGUCUUCCUUUGCUAAACGUUUAAAAAAUAUUCUUUAUUUUACAUAUUCAAAAAAAUAACGUAUUCAAUAUAUUAGUUUAUCCCUCGAUGAAGAAUACUUUAUUCAAAUUAAUAAAUUAGCCAUUCCUAUUAUCUUUAAAUUAUAAAAAUCACUUUGUGGGAUACCUAAUAUCAUUGUUAUUAUCAUUGUUAUCAAGAUUGUCAUUAUAUAUUGUAUAUAAAAUUAUAUAUAUUAUAUUUAUCACGAUAAAUAGCCUAAAAAUCUGAACUGAGUUAGUUAUUUUAUAAAGUAUGUCAAUUUUUAAUGUAUUAUAAAAUUUUUAAUAGAAAUUACUUUGUAACAGAAGUAUGAUUAUUAUAAAUUUUUAAUUCAUAAAUAAAUUACUUUAUAUUUUAUUUUAAAAUAUUUUCAUUGUUUGUACAAGUAACAGAUAUUUUUUACAUAAUUUAUUGAAUUUAAUUUAUUUAAUAAUAGAAUAAGAAAUAAUAUUAUUCGAUAUUUAAAAAAUUUCACUUCAUGGGAAAUGUUUUUUAUAAUUUUAAUAAUAAAUAACACAAAAUAUACUAAAGCAUUUUACAGUUUUUUUUCAGAUAGAUUAUCUAUUAAAAAUAAUUUAACUUGCAAAAACAUUUUAAUUUUCUUAUUUUUUAUUUACAAAGUAAUUUCAAUUUAAGAUCUGACGAAUAUGUUGAAAUAUAUGUUGAAAUUUUAUAUUUAUCGUUAUAUAUGUAUAUUAAAUUUUUUAUUCCUUAUAUUGGAUGAACAAUCGAUAAUUAAUUGUGUAUUAUAAAUAUGUAAUAUAAAAAACAAUAUAAUUAACUACUUCAAUAGCUAGAAAAAAUUAAGAUAAAUUCAAUAAUGAAUUUGUUUUGUGAUAGUAUAAAAAAUUUAAGAUAAGAUGUUGAUAAAUAUAAAUUUGUGUCUUUAUUAGCCUAUAUUCUAUUUCAUUUUUUAAAUAUUUACAAAUUUUAAUUUUCAGGAUCAAAAACAAUAUAAAUUGCAUACUAAAAUAUACACUAUAAUGAAUUUGCCUCAACCAAAUAUAAAGUAAUCAAUAUCUUCGUUAUAAUUUAUCAUUGUGUAAUACGAACGAAGUAUUUUUAAAAUAAUACAUCAUCAUUUGGAUCUACAAUAAUUUAUUUAGUUGAAUGAAUAGUAGGACAGCUUUAUGCGAGUCAAGCCGAGGAAUAGAAAUUUUCUUAGAAAAAAUUUAUUUUUAUUUAGGAAACAAAAAAUAAUUAUACAUUACUGUAAUAUUUCUUUAAUAAUAAAAGUAAUAAUUUUUCAAUCUUUAUAUAUAACGAACCUGAACUUUAGAAUUUAUAAUAUUUAUUUUUUCUUCAUAAGCAGUUACACAAGUUUUUGAUACUAAUUGUUUUUUCAUCCUUUCAGAACAGUUCCAUUGACAAUAUUCAGAAAAUUCUUUAAAUUUAAUGUGUAAUUCUUUUUUAUCUCCAUCAGGUCCCGCAAUAAAUUCACAUUUCAAUUUCCGUUUCUUGUCUCUUAUACAACAUUCCAAAUACCUGUACAAAAUUAACAUAUUUUUUAAAUAAAAAAUAAAAGAAAAAUAAAAUAACUACUACAAUUUAUAAUUUAGUGAAAAACUUUAUUUUCAUAUUUCCUCGAAAAAAAAAUUGAGAAAUUAAAAAAAAUAGUAAAAUUUAUAAUAUAACUAAUGUAUUAUGAAUAAUAUUAUAAUAAAUAAUAUUAUAAUUUAAUAUUACAAUAUAAAAAUAUUACAAUAUAGACAAUUUAAAAUAAUAGGUAAUAAAUUUUGAAUUAAUUUAACGAUCAAACAGUUUUAUAUUUAAUACUCGAUAAACAUUUGAAUAGAAACUAAUAUUAUGAAAUAAAUAAUUUUACAGUAGUAAUUAUACCAAUUACCUAUAAUCUGUUGCAAAUAAACUAUUUAGCUCUUCAAUUUUAACAUCACAUUGUUGCCUUAAAAUUCCAGUAAUAAAUACAUCGUCGAUCCAAAGAAAAUUUUUAAUCUUUUCACUUGCAUAAACUAAUAAUUGUGCAACUUUUAAACUGGUUAUAUAAAACCAUCCUGAGAGAAAAUCAGGAUAAACAUCACCUGAAAAAUCUUCAUUGGUAACGAACCAUUUAUUAUUUGAUAUUCGUAUUGGUUUCAUUUUUCUUAAAACAUAUCCAGAUAUAGCAUUUUCAUUUAUAGUUUUAUUUUGUAGAAGUUUUAAUAUUUCAAAAACGUCUAGUACAAUAUCAUUAUCACUUUUUAUUAGGAAAGUAGAUUUACAAUUACUCGAUGCCCAUCUUAAACCCAUUAAAUGUUUUAACGUAAGGUUUCUAUAACUUUCUAAGAAAUCUCCUUGCAACAAAUCGUUAUACUCCUGUGAUUCUUGAAUAAUAUAUUCCCAUAUACUUUCUUCUUUAGGCAUUCCUAAUAAAAAAACCCUUGUGAUAUUUAAACCUUUUAACAUUUCAUUUGGAUAUGCACGUCUUGAUGCUGUUCUGUAUAAAAAAUCAUUUGCUGAAGAUGUAACAAUCCAAACAACAAAAUUAGAGUUACAUUUUGGUUCAAUGAUAAAUUUUAUAAGUGAGGAAUUUUUAUUUAACAUAUUAGUUCAAGAACCUAUACAGAACAUAAAAAAAUUAAAUAAUAAUAACAAGAAAACAAAAAACUGUUUGUCUUUUGAAAUAUAUUUGACAGACCUUUUUAUAUUAUCAUUUGUAAAUUACAUUUUAAAUAUAUUUAGUACAAAAUGUGACAGUUUUUAUGUGUAAAAAAUAGCAAGCUUUAAUCCAUACCAUUAAAUUCAGUGAAUUUAUGAUUGUAAAUAUCCCCUGAAAAAAUAAUAAUACUUAAAUAAAUUUAUCAAACAUUAUUGUAUUUUAUAUAACAAAGAUAAAAGAAAACAUUAUUUUUAAUGAGAAAUUUCUUGUUUUAUUAGAAAUCAUAUAACGCAUAAUAUAUGAAAGUCUUACGGUAGUUUCAUUCUCAUGAAAAUCCAACAGGUGAUAAACGAUACAAUGACGCUAAUAAAGCCAACACAUAUUAAAAGAAUUCUAUUAAGUUUAGGUGUCGAGGGACUAUGCGUUUGAUCUAGUACUAUAA